AAUUCCAUAAGGCACAACCUAUCUCUCCACAAUCGCUUCAUGAGGGUCCAAAACGAAGGAACAGGAAAAUCGUCCUGGUGGAUGAUCAACCCGGACGCUAAACCUGGAAAAUCGGUAAGGCGAAGAGCUGCGUCGAUGGAGACGAGCAAAUUCGAGAAGAAGCGAGGUCGAGCAAAGAAAAAAGUCGAGAAUAUCAGAAAUGGUUUGCCGGACACAACGCCGAGUCCAAGCUCUUCUGUCUCGGAAGGUCUCGAUUUGUUUCCAGAAUCACCCAUUCAUAGUGGCGGGUUCCAAUUGAGCCCGGACUUUAGACCAAGGGCAUCUUCGAACACUUCUUCCUGUGGAAGACUCUCCCCGAUACCAUCCGUGGGGGUAGAACCUGACUGGGGCAAUCCCGGUCAGUACAGUAGUUCGAACUUUAGUCCAGAGAUGGUGUCCACCGGUAAUUAUUCGCCUGACCAACUUGCGGGAAAUCUCCAACAAGGGAUGAAGUUAGAACCGGCCGAUGCUUAUUUGGGGUAUAUCAACGGUCAGACACCCCAACCUCCUCCCCCACCCUAUACUGCCCCUUACGAACAAUUUCCAGGAUGUAGAGAUUUGAAUGCCUUACACGCUGCCUCACCGUACGGACUAACACAAUGCCCUGUCCAUCGUAUCCAGUCAUGUGCUUGCAUGCAACCUAUCAAAGUAGAGAGUAUGUCACCGGCGGGGAUGUCACCCUCCUACCCCCACUCGGAACCAUCUCCGGACCCCCUAGGUAGCCAAUACUUGAUCAACAGAAUGCCGAGGCCUCCAUCUAGCAGUCCCCCGCUCACCCCGCGGCCAUCUUUGGGCCCGCCUUCGACGAUGAUGGGCCAGUUGAUGGGGGCGCUGAACAACAGCGCCAUCUUGGACGACCUCAACAUCAACGUGGAGUCCUUGCAGGGCGGCUUCGAGUGCAACGUUGAAGAAUUGAUAAAACACGAACUGAACAUGGAGGGUAGUUUGGAUUUCAAUUUCCCCAAUCAACAGCAAGGAGUUGUACCUGCACAAACGGAAUCGCAUUCGGUGAUGACGAAUACCCAACCUAGUGCACCUCCACCUUCGUACUCGACCACAGCGACGACGCCAUCAUGGGUGCAUUAACGUAGGAUUUCAGG